UUUAGACUAUCUGAGUUGUCCACGUUGAGAACUGGCAUCAUCCCAUUUCGUCAGUUGUGGUGUGCGUGUGUGGUUGUGUCCGUGUGUCCCCAAGACACACAAUCACGGAACCACGGUGAAAUAAUUCUUUUAAAAAGACAAAAAAAUUUAAAAAUUGUGCAAAACCCAAAAAAAUUAUAAAACAAUUUAAAUAACUUCAAAAAAAUCGAAAAACAGUGGAAAACCUUAAUAUAAACAAUUUUGAUUUCCAUUUGUAUGUUAUACUGAUUUUUCUUCAUUCUAAUAUUCGUCACGCGUUGGUCGAGAUAUCAGAACGAUGAAUCAAGGGGCUCCUAAUUACCCCAUGGCGUCUCUGUACGUCGGGGAUUUACAUUCCGAUAUUACGGAAGCCAUGCUUUUUGACAAAUUUUCAAGUGCAGGGCCUGUUUUGUCAAUCCGAGUGUGCCGCGAUUUGAUAACUCGUAGAUCUCUCGGGUAUGCCUACGUGAAUUUUCAACAACCUGCGGAUGCCGAACGUGCCCUGGAUACAAUGAACUUCGAUUUGAUCAGGGGACGGCCGAUUCGCAUUAUGUGGUCUCAGCGCGAUCCUUCUUUGAGAAAAUCUGGAGUUGGCAACGUAUUUAUUAAAAACUUGGACCGAUCUAUUGAUAACAAAGCUAUGUACGAUACUUUUUCGGCAUUUGGAAACAUUCUGAGCUGCAAAGUGGCCCAAGAUGAAAAUGGCACUAGCAAGGGCUAUGGAUUUGUUCAUUUUGAAACCGAAGAAGCGGCGAAUAAGUCGAUCGAAAAAGUGAAUGGAAUGCUUCUUAAUGGCAAAAAAGUGUACGUUGGACGCUUCAUUCCCCGCAAGGAAAGGGAGAAGGAAUUGGGAGAAAAGGCUAAAUUAUUUACCAAUGUCUAUGUGAAGAACUUCGGCGAAGAUUUGUCCGAAGAGCAGCUUCGCAAUAUGUUUGAGAAGUUUGGAAAGAUAACUAGCUACAAAGUCAUGAGUAAGGAUGAUGGAAAAUCAAAGGGUUUCGGUUUUGUUGCUUUCGAAAGCCCUGAAGCGGCCGAAACUGCCGUGGACGCAUUAAAUGGGAAGGAGUUAGUUGAAGGAAAGCCGCUUUAUGUGGGACGCGCUCAAAAGAAGGCUGAACGUCAACAGGAAUUAAAACGUCGCUUUGAAGCCUUGAAAAUGGAACGACUCAAUCGUUAUCAAGGCGUCAAUUUGUACGUGAAAAACUUGGAUGACACCAUUGAUGAUGAACGUCUUCGCAAAGAGUUCGCUCCGUUCGGCACCAUCACAUCUGCCAAGGUGAUGAUUGAAGAAAACAAAACGGAGUCCUUCAUAACCACCAGAAGUAAAGGAUUUGGCUUCGUGUGUUUUUCAUCUCCCGAAGAAGCAACAAAAGCGGUUACAGAAAUGAAUGGGCGUAUAGUGGGGUCCAAACCCUUGUAUGUAGCUUUGGCUCAAAGAAAAGAGGACAGAAAAGCGCAUUUAACAUCCCAGUACAUGCAACGAAUGGCUAAUAUGAGAAUGCAUCAAAUGGGCCAUCAAUUUAUGCCUCCAGGCCCAUCUAGCUACUUCGUCCCAACUAUUCCGACAGCACAAAGGUACUUUACAGGCGGCACUCAGUUGACUCCAAUCAGAAGCAACCCAAGAUGGGCAGCACAAACACCAAUUAGACCGGGAGCUCAAGGAGGUACUGCUGCAUAUAUGGCCAAUUCAUACCGGCCAAGUGCUCGGCCUCCAAAUCAACCAAUGGCCAUGCGUAAUAACAUCGGCCUCGGCAAUGUGCCAAGACCCAUCACUGGCCAACAGCCUCCCAAUAUGCAGGGACGACCUCUUGCUGGACAACAAGUGGUCGUUGCCACUGGAAGUAGAGCAGCUACUUUCAAAUACACUUCAAACAUGCGCAACCCUCCUCAGGCUAUGGGAACUAUGCCAGCAACACCAGUUCAACAGGCGGUACAUAUUCAGGGACAGGAGCCGCUCACUGCCACCAUGUUGGCCGCUGCUCAGCCACAGGAACAGAAACAGAUGUUGGGAGAACGUUUGUUCCCACUUAUCCAACGCAUGUAUGCUGAUUUGGCUGGGAAAAUUACUGGAAUGUUGCUGGAGAUCGACAAUACGGAACUCCUCCACAUGUUGGAACACAACGAGUCUUUGAAGAACAAGGUGGAGGAAGCUGUAGCUGUCCUGCAGGCUCAUCAAGCCAAGCAAGCUGCUAUUAAGAAGUAGCUUAAUUAUGUUUUAUUAUCCGAACAUGGCUCCUUCAUACCUAGACCCAGUGUUUGGAAGUUUAUUAAUAUUACGUUAAUUAAAAAACUAAUUGAUGUAAUAUUCCGUGGAACAUGCAAUGUUAACUAGUAUCUGAUACCAGUUGCAUUUCGUGUUUAAUUCUGUACCUCAUUAGAAAUAAACCUAACGAUAUGUAAACUUUAAAUUACGGUUUGUCAUUAUGUUUUUUAAAAGUCAGUAUUGGGCAACCUCUGGUACUGCUCGGUAUAAAUUUGCUAGAAAUUAUAAAACUAAAAAUCAUUUACUGAUAUUCGAAAAGCUAGUUAGGUCUACAACUGUGAGGUACUUAUAAAGUUAUUUUGGUAAAAUUUAAUGGCGAAAAUAACUUAUAAAGGGUUAUUUUGGGCAAUAAAUUAACGUCUCUAUUAGGAUCGCACGAUGAGUUUGAGCUUCUUUAUUUUGCAUAAUUUAGUUUGAAAUGUAUGUCUCAACAUUUAAUAAACGGAUCUUCAGGAUUUAGUACUACUUUAAUCAAAUCACCGGUAGGUAGGGUCGACUUGUUAUCAAGUGGGAUGUUAGGUUGGAUCCAAUCAAGUUAAUAGCAUUAAGCAAAAGGGUCCGCAAAUAAACAGUUUGGGAGAUUGGA